AUGCAGCUGACUCAGGUUCAUUCGUUGAACUCCGCGUCUUUGUAUUAUUUUAUGCUUUUAUUUCAGAACCAAGACGUGGGCACGAUGAAAAGAGACCCGUACAGCAACGAGGAGAUGAAGACGCAGCUGCAGCCGCAGCAAGUGCGCAUGAAAAUGAAAGUGCCGAGGGUGCGUCAAUGGCUGAAUCGUUUGCAACAUGAUAUUAGGAGCAUAUUAUUUAGGAAAAUAACUCCUGGCAAUAUAUGCAAAAGCAUUGCACCAGCUGAAGUAGUGUCGUUUAACGUUACUGUAUCGCUGAAGGAAUGUAAGACGUCAGGAGACGCGGUGGUAAGCGUAGGAGUAGGCGGCCUUCGGGACGUGGUAGCCCUGUACAUUACUCCAGUGUGCGGCUGCGAAUGCGAAAAGCUAGAAAAUCAGGUAUUGAUGAAUAAUUGUAAACUCGUAUGUGGAAGCUGCGUCUGCGACCAGCGUUACACUGGUGACAUUUGCGAAUGUGAAAUACCUCCUGAAUUAAAGUCCGCAGAUGAUCUUGUGAAUCUUUGCAGAGGAAGGCCGAUGGAUAAAGUGUGUUCUGGACGCGGAAAGUGCAAAUGCGGUGUUUGCGAGUGCAACGCGCCUCAUAUAAUGCGCGGGCAUAUUAAUCCCUAUUUUUGGUUGUUUUAUUUGAAUAUUCAUCAAUUCGGGAAAAUAUUGCGAAUGUGA